ACUGGUUAUAUGUUUGGCAAGGGCAUUUAUUUUGCUGAUAUGGCAACGAAAUCGGCCAACUACUGCUAUCCACAGCCGAGCAAGCCGGGUCUUCUUGUGCUAGCGCAAGUUGCACUGGGUGAAAUGAAUGAGCUGUUGCAUGCUGAUUACAACGCGGACAAGCUGCCUGCUGGCAAACACAGCACCAAAGGCCUCGGCUCUGUUGGCCCAGAUCCGGAAACAUAUAUCACCCUAGACGAUGGCUGUGAGGUACCAUGUGGCAAGCCAAUUACAAUAAAUAGAAGCGAGCAAUGCUCACUGAACUACAAUGAAUAUAUAGUGUACGAUGUGAAGCAAGUUUGGAUUCGUUACCUCGUCGAAGUGGACUUCGUUUUUGACUAA